GAAUGAACCUCCCUUUGCAUGCAGAGCUGCAGAUAAGUCCCUGCUGAAACUCCCGGAGUUGCUCCAACUCUUUAACUUUGGAUCAUCUCAGAGCACAAUUGCGUCUUGAAAUUGCGCUCAACUGGAGAAAAAGUUUCAUUUCUACGCACAAACGCUUUCUUCUACGAAAAGAAAAAAAAAGUUACGCGAGAGAAACUGAUAUCUACCCGAGAGGCUCGAUUGGAGAAAAAAACGGGAACAUAGAAAGACACAGAUUUAAGUUUCAGAAGAAGCAGCAGAAAACAUGUCUAAACCUAAUUACACUGGGACUUAUCAUAUGGCGGAGCAGGAUAAUAUGGACUCCUUUCUGGAAGCUUUAGAUAUUAAUUUCGCCCUGAGGAAGAUCGUGUGUCUGCUAAAGCCCACUAAGGAGAUCACCCACGACCCGGCCACGGGUGACAUGAGGAUCCGCACCCUCACCACUUUCAAGAACUUUAACAUGGACUUCACCAUCGGGGAGGAAUUCACUGAGGACCUGGGACCUGUGGACGGACGCACCUGCCAGACUACAGUGAGCUGGGAAGGAGACAAACUUGUCUGUGUACAGAAAGGGGAGAAAGAGGGACGAGGCUGGACCCACUGGCUGGAAGGCAACAAGCUCCAUUUGGAAAUGAGAGUUCAAGGCAUCAUUGCCAAGCAAGUCUUCAAGAAGGCCGAAUGAAGUUGCUGCAAAUGCGUUGCAGCACAGCCUGGUUUUAAAGUAGUCGGUACAAGAACUGAAUCAUGGUUAUAGGAUUUUUAUUACAAUUAUAAAACUGUUCAAUGAUCAUAAAAACCCUAUAAAACACUGAUGAACAUACGUUCAGUGUGAUGGUAAUUUCUUAGAUAGUAGCAGAGCAGAAAAAAUGAUUGUGUAAACAUUCCCAAGUUGUUUCCUCUUAGUGCACGAUGUUUUAAACAAAUCUUACAUGAGUCAUGGUUUUCUUCUGCAUCUGCGUUAUACUUCAAGAUAAUUAACAGAAUAAAUUACCCUGUGAAACUA